UCGGCCUCGUCUGGCGCCGCCACGCCGUCGCGCGCAGCGCCGCCGCCCGGUCUCGGCGCGUUCCCGCCGGCCGAGGUCAUGUGGCAGUACCGCGACCCGUCGGGCCAGGUCCAGGGCCCGUUCUCGGCGGCGACCAUGCACGACUGGUACCGCCAGCAGUUCUUCACGCCCGACCUGCGCGUCAAGCGCACGACCGACACCGAGUUCGAGUCGCUCGAGAACCUCAUCCGCCGCACGGGCGACUCGGACAAGCCGUUCCUCGCGCCC